AUGAGGGACUGGGGGCAAGAGCACGGAUUCGGAAGAGAGCUCCUUGGCGAUUUAGCGGUUCUGGACGGCUGCCUGGAUAUUUGGCAGGCGCCUGGAAAGGCGACUGGGGGACAAGCUGAAGAAAUCAUGGCGGUACGAGCGCAGUUUGAAAACUCCAACGAGGUUGGUGUUUUUGCGACAUUGACGAAUUCUUAUGCGCUUGUUGCCGUGGGUGCGAGCGAGAACUUUUACAGAAACCGAAAGGGUCUCCUUGUACCUACCACAACCACAGACCAAGAGCUUCAACAUCUACGGAACAGUCUCCCAGAUGAAAUCCGGAUACAGAGAAUAGAAGAGCGCCUCUCCGCCCUCGGCAACGUCAUCGCCACAAACGACCACAUCGCCCUAAUCCACCCCGACCUCGAGCGCGAAACCGAAGAAAUCAUCUCCGACGUCCUCGGCGUCGAAGUCUUCCGCCAAACCGUAGCCGACAACGUCCUCGUGGGCUCCUACAUGGCGCUCUCGAACCAGGGAGGCCUCGUGCACCCCAAGACGUCGAUACAGGACCAGGACGAGCUCUCGAGCCUCCUGCAGGUACCGCUGGUGGCGGGCAGCGUGAACCGCGGCAGCCACCUCGUGGGCGCCGGCAUGGUCGUGAAUGAUUGGUUGGCUGUUACGGGGCUGGAUACUACCGCGACGGAGCUGAGUGUUAUAGAGAGUGUGUUUAGGUUGGGUGAGGGGGCGGGGCCGAGUAAUAUUAAUACUCAGAUGAAGGACACUAUGGUGGAGAGUUUCUACUAA